ACUAGAGGGAGUAGGAGAGUCUUUGUGACGCUCAGUAAGGGGAACGAGAAGGAAUGCUGCAGCUUACACACUCCCAAACUUUACCACAUUUAGGGACGAUAUUCCCGGUUGAAAGGCAGUGAGCCAAGGCCAGAGACAGAGUGAACAAUUCAGACCAGACGCUUCGAAACUCCUCCACUACAAAGAGAAGUAAGAGCUACAGCAAGCUUCCACAAACUCUCUCACCUCCACAACAGCUUUGAUCUGCAGGACUUCCCUCAGUCAGCUUUACUCCACUAGACUUCAGAAUCCCCUUCAAGGCCAAUGAUGGAGAGUCCGGCUCAGAAACGAACCAGCCGCGGUGGUGCGGCCAAUGCGCUCUCUCCCACGCGUAUUACUCGGCUGCAGGAGAAAGAGGACCUGUGCAACCUGAACGACCGUCUAGCUGUGUACAUCGAUAAGGUGCGCUCUCUGGAGAUUGAGAAUGCCGGCCUGCGAAUGCGUAUCACAGAGUCGGAGACGGAGGUCAACCGGGAGGUGGGUGGCAUGAAGUCAGCGUACGAGAACGAGCUGGCUGAUGCUCGCAAAACUCUAGACUCGGUGGCCAAGGAGAGAGCCAGGUUGCAGCUAGAGCUCAGCAAGAUCCGUGAGGACUACAAGGAGCUCAAAGCCAGGAACGGUAAGAAGGAGGCUGAUCUGGAGUCAGCUCUUGCCAGGCUAAAGGAUCUGGAAGCUCUUCUCAACUCUAAGGAUGCCUCUCUCACAACAGCCCUGGGAGAGAAGAGGUCUCUGGAGAGUGAAGUCAGGGAUCUGAAGGCUCAGUUGGUUAAGUUGGAAAGCAGUCUGAAUGAUGCUAAGAAGCAGCUGCAGGAUGAGAUGCUGAGAAGAGUGGAUGCAGAGAACCGCAUCCAGACUCUGAAGGAGGAGCUGGAGUUCCAGAAGAAUAUCUAUGCUGAGGAACUGCGCGAGUCGAAGCGCAGACAUGAGAUGCGUAUGGUGGAGAUUGACAGUGGUAGACAGCAGGAGUACGAGAGCAAGCUGGCUGAGGCUCUGGUUGAACUCCGCAGCCAGCAUGAGGAGCAACUCCGCAUUUACAAGGAGGAUAUCGAGAAGACAUUUAAUUCCAAGCUGGAGAAUGCUCGUCAUUCUGCAGAUAGAAAUAGUCAUUUGGUCGGAGCAGCUCAUGAGGAACUGCAGCAGACACGUGUGAGGAUGGAGAGCAUGUCUGCUCAGCUGUCCCAGCUCCAGAAACAGCUGGCUGCACGGGAGGCUAAGGUGCGUGAGCUGGAGGAGGCUAUGUCUCGCGAGAGGGAUCUCAUGCGCCGGCGGUUGGAGGAGAAGGAAAAGGAAAUGGCAGAUAUUCGCCAACGCAUGCAGCAGCAGCUGGAUGAAUACCAGGGACUGCUGGACAUCAAGUUGGCCCUGGACAUGGAGAUAAGUGCUUACCGGAAACUGCUGGAAGGAGAAGAGGAAAGGUUGCGUCUCUCUCCCAGUCCUCCUCCUGGUCGUGUGAUAUCAGUGACUCGUACCUCAGGCUCUGGCACACACACUCAGACACGCCUGGCUCAGAGCAGCAGCACUCGCACUUCAUCUGGCAGCACUAAAAAACGACGUCUCAAUGACACUGACAGCGAGGCUUCCAGCGUGACGGGUGGGACUGUGACUCGCACUCGCAUUUCCCAGCAGGCCUCAGCCAGUGGCCGGGUCACUGUGGAUGAGGUGGACCUGGAGGGCAAAUAUGUUCGUCUCAGCAACAAAUCUGACCAGGACCAGUCUCUGGGCCAUUGGCAGGUGAAGAGGCAGGUGGGCUCUGCAACUCCCAUCAUCUACAAGUUCCCACCUAAAUUUACCCUCAAGGCUGGACAAACAGUUACAAUCUGGGCUGCAGGAGCAGGAGGAACCCACAAUCCUCCCUCUGACCUGGUGUGGAAGAGUCAGAACUCCUGGGGAAGUGGAGAUCUCUUCCAGACUUCUCUGAUUAGCUCCACUGGAGAGGAGAUGGCAAUGAGGAAAGUGACACGUUCCCUGUUCCAGGAAGAUGAUGAUGAGGAAAUGGCUGCUCACAGUACAUGUGGUGAUGGAGAGUAUAACCUGCGCAGCCGCACAGUGAUCUGUGGCUCGUGCGGUCAGCCUUCAGACCGUAAUGCUGGCAGCUGUGUGACAGCGAGCUCUGGGGUCUCCAGCGCCUCUCGCUCUUUCACCAGUGGAGGAGGACUUCCUGAGGGCCUGGUCUCCCACUCCCACUCCCACUUUAUUAUGGGCAAUGACCAACCUCGACAGGGAGGUCCUAAACCGGAAAAGUGCUCCAUCAUGUAGAUCCAGGAACAACCAUGAUGAUUACCCAGUUCACCAAGAUCAAUUAUUUGUGCAAACUGGGCGACUUAAUUUCUUUUUCUUACUUGGCCAUCUAUAUUUUUUUAUUUUUCAUACUUUAAAUACUUAAUUCUUGUUAUGUAUGUAAUAAUCUGCAGGGUAGAUGGGAUGCUUUUGUCUGGCUGACUGCUUGCAUGCAGCUUGGGUGCUAUUAAGGGUUUGUAUAUAAAGUUCUGUAUACUAGUCUUUGCAUGUGGACUAGUCAGCUGCUUUCCCAUUGAGAUAUUCAGGAAGAGAGGGACGCACAUCACUUCACACUUAUCCAAAGAAAAGGGUCCAUUUUCAGCUGUCUUAUAAAAUGCUGUCACAACACAACACGCACAUCUUGGAACUCCUGUCUGCAAGUUUACUUCCAUAGGUUCAGGAGUGUCUUUGAAUGCACUGUAAUGUAAAGCUAUUUGCUCUUUUUUUUUGAAUGAUUAGCAAAUGGUUUCAUAAUUCAGAUAUCCUAAGACAAGUAUUAAACACUAACUCAUGCUAGAAAAGAAAGUGUGCGAUGCAGCAAACACAAUCUUAAAUGGAAGAUUAAUAGGACCAUGUCACUUUAUUUAAAAAGCUUUUUUUUGUGCCUUUAUAUGAAUGUAGUGUUGUAGAUUUGUGUCUCUGUAGCACUAUGUACCAGUGUUUGUAUUCUUUGCCUUCUAUGAAAAGGCAGUGAACAAUGUUGGAAUCAGAGACAAAUAUAUGAUACAUGUUAGUUCCUUUUGUAAUUUGUCAUACUAAAGAUGCGAAAUACUUUAUAUGAGCGUUUGACUAUUGAACGUCUAUGCAAUUGGUUGAUAGCAAUUGUAGAUAAUACAUUUAAGUACAAGGUUGUGAAGAAUAUACUAGAAUUUGAAAUUAUUUUCUAAGCCUUAACAGUCACUGUUUGUAACCUGAGAAGACAUGGAGCACAAGAAUGUAUGUAAAUUAUAUUUACAAUUGACUUUGUGUACAUUAGAGAGCUGAAUUUUGCAUUGAAAACCAAAGGAUGGGCAAUUAAAAAUGACAAGUGCUGUCUUAUUUCAUAUCUUCGUUGAGAAUUGAAAUGUAUAAAAGGUGUUUAUGGAUGUAGAUUUUGUAUCCUCAGGCUGGACAGCUGGAAGUGCUGACUAUGUUGUUGUUGUCACUCCUCUCUCUUGAAGCAGCUGUUACUUACAUGACAGGUGUCCACUCUUCUGCCUCUUUACUCACUUACCAGAUUUGGUCUUUGGUCAUGGAAAACACUCAAAAUGUGCAUGUUAUCAUGAUGCAAAUGGAGCGUGUGAUCAUUUGGAGAGUUUUCUGUAUCUUAGAAGGUGGUAGACUGGACACCAAUAGCUUGCAUUAAAUAUCAUACACUUUUCCCUGCUUAUGUUAUUGUGCUCAUGUGCUAGUGCUAGAAUGUUGUGGAUUUUGGUCAGGCAGUGUCGCUUUUUUCUUUUUUCUUUUCACAAUCAAAGUUUCCACUCUUGAAAUGAAACGAAAUAAAUAUUGUUUAAUUAAUGCCUAAGCAAUGAUUUGUUUAAAUAUGGGGUAAGGUGUAGGAAUAAAAAGAUCUUAUUGGUAAGAAAAAUCUCCCCCUUUUCCCGAUUCAAUGAUCUUGAACAUAUAGUAUUAUGUUAUUGGCAGCAACAGAACCCCCCCCCCCCCUUUUUUUGCUUUAUAGCUGUUUUUUUUUUUGCUCUGCAUUUAAUAUAGAAUAUGAUAUAGAAUGUGUACGCAUAAACAGUGCCUUGAAUUCUUUCAUUAAAAAAAUACAAUUUUGGA